UCACGCUACCAUCCAAUACCAUUUCUUUCUGAAAUUUCCAGAAUUUCUCGUCCUUUCUUUCUCUUAUUCUCCUCCUCCUCCUCCUUCUUCCCCUUCUUUAACUUUCUCUCUCAGUUCUUCGCAGUCUCUUUGUCUUUGAGUCCCUUGUUCUUCUUCUACGGGUCUGGCCCAGGUCAGUUUUCUCCUUCUCUCGCUUUCCCUGUGCUAAUUGAAACCGUUUUUCCCCCCCCUGAAGUUUAUCUAUGGCUUCGAAACGCAUCUUGAAGGAGCUCAAGGAUUUGCAGAAGGACCCUCCUACAUCGUGCAGUGCAGGUCCUGUGGCUGAGGACAUGUUUCACUGGCAAGCCACAAUCAUGGGACCUGCUGAUAGCCCGUAUGCAGGUGGUGUUUUCCUAGUCUCAAUUCAUUUUCCUCCUGAUUAUCCCUUCAAGCCACCAAAGGUUGCAUUUAGGACUAAGGUAUUCCACCCAAACAUCAACAGUAAUGGCAGUAUAUGUCUGGACAUUCUCAAAGAACAAUGGAGCCCAGCGCUAACCAUUUCCAAGGUCCUUCUGUCAAUUUGCUCGUUGUUGACGGAUCCUAAUCCCGAUGACCCACUUGUGCCUGAAAUUGCGCACAUGUAUAAGACCGACAGGGCCAAGUAUGAAGCUACGGCUCGCAGCUGGACUCAGAAGUAUGCCAUGGGAUGAUCAUACUUUUCUGCAUUGAAGCAGCGAAAUCAUAAUUUAUGUAAAAGAACACAAGAUAUUUUGAAUGAAUGCCAAUGCUUUCUUUUAUUGUUAAUUGGACUCAACAAUGUUAAGGGACUUCGUUAUCAUUUGUGAAUAUUUCUUUGUAAGACACUAAUGAUGGAAGAAACUGUUAUGUAAUUUUUUUGGAACUUC